AUGAAAUUUCUUGUCUUAUUACUUGUCUUGAGGAGUUGUGUUGCUUUCGACUUGCCUCGGUGCAAACCAGACUUAAAUAUCGAUAAGGAUCAGUAUUCUGUUUCUGACACGUAUAACUUAGGAGAUGCGGUGCCUACGGACGCCCACUAUGAUGUCUAUGGAAACUUAUUCUAUGUCAAAUCCGGGAGCAACGAUGAUGGUUAUUACUAUGACAUCUAUGUUGUCAAGUUUAAGACUACAACUGCACAGAAAAUCAAGGGUUUGCCGGAAGGGCUAAGCUACUCAGUAGCGGUAGACAAGAAGGAUGCCAAGGUAUACUUCGGCACCGAAAAGGGAAUGUUCCGGUACGACUAUGAAACUCACAACGCUACUCAAGUAUCUGACUCCAUGAUGAAAAUAAACAUGAUUUUCGUCGACAAAAAUGGUAAUAAAUACAUAACUAACAGCAAUAAUGGCAUAGAAGAGCUAUAUUUACUUGAUGGCGAAAAGAAAAUUCUUUUUAAUAGUUUAGAGGCGUUAAACGAGUUGGCAAUCGAUGAUAAUAAUAACUUCUACUUCAUCAAACACGAACAGCUGUUUGUCUUGAAACCAACUCUGUCGAUGCCCUUGCACAUUGGCAACUUGACAUACACGGGUGCGGGGCAAAUCUCGUUUCACAAGGAUAACGUAUUCAUCGCCAGUGACCAUUUGGUUUAUUUCCAUGAGAAUGAGACUGGCAAGAUGAAAUUAAUCUCAAACGUUCCAGAUCGAGUUACGUCUAUAGCUUUUGAUAGGACGGGCGAUUUUGUGCUCGGUACCCGCGGUAAACUGUUGAAGUAUAAAAAGAAUGAGUGUUACAUUAGGAAAACUAACGACUCUGUAUAAAAUUAGCUAUAUUAUAGAAAUCACUCCGUUUAUAUAAGACAAAAAGAUUUCACAUUUUGCUUCAGUAAUAAACAAAAUAGGAAAGUUUGCUAAUAGAACAAUACUUUGUAGCUUUAUAUCACUGCAAUAAUUGUUCCAUAAAAUAUCCCUCUUUCUGAAAGAACAAUCUUUUCUUUUUUGGCACCUGCUAGCUACCUGAAUUAGCAAUAAUGAUAUCAGCUUGGGUACGUUGAAAGCUGUCAUCUUCAUACAAUUUAUGACCUUAAAACGCAAAAAAGUAUUGAGAUGACAGUCAUACCCAAGAUAUGUGAAAAAUACUAAACACAAUUGACUGAUCUGCAGCGCGAGUGCUGCUGACUGUCUCUUUUAGGCGCCAUUU